AAAUUUUUGUCAAUAGUUUUAGGUACAUUUAAAAUUCUUUAGAACGCUAAGAAAGAUGCAUACCCUAAAAAGGCACACGUCGAUUCCGAAUGACGUGUAAUGCGUGUAUUUUCUCGGUAAAUGGUACUACUGACUUCUAAUGGUACUACUAUAUUAUGUUAGGCACAAUCACACGUCAACAAAUUAUGCAUUGUACAUGACGUAAGGUGUAUUUUGAUGUACACUACAAAUUUUUGGGUCACCAGACGACUUAUAAGUCAAGCCCUUCUUUUCCAGUUCCCAGCAUCCAGAUAACUCUGCCACAGCCUAUAUAGACUGAAGAGACGACUUCAAAAACAAAAAAUUUAGCCUAUUAUAGAAAUUAGUAACAUUAAGCUGUUUGUUUUAACGCUUUGUAUGUAUAUAUCGUUAAGCUUUUAUUAGUAUCUUGUUUACACACUAGUAGCUUUAAGCUCACACUACACAUAUAUUGGAGUGAGAGCAGUUGGGAGUAAACCUGCUUCAGAAGAGCCUUCAAAUGUGUGGUAUGUGUUGUAAGGAAUUUAACCAGACAGAGAUCAAAAUCCUCUCCCCCCCUCACCAUAUUUAUUAUCCCCCCCCAAUUAAUAUGUGUGCCAAGGAGCAUAAUCCAACAUGUUCCCUUUUUUAAGUUUCCACAAGCAAUAAAAUUAAAGUAUUAAAUUUUACGUCAGUCUGAGAUUUGAACAAAAUUUUCUUGACAUGAAAAAAGUGAAUAAAACUGGAUUGUUUAUUGAUCCUUGUUUCAGUCUUUUUUUUUAGGUUUAAACACAAAAUGAUAACUAUUAAAACAAAAAUUAAAAACACAUACUCAGCUGAGUUACAUUGCUCUGGUAUAGUUUCAGAGUUGCUUUUAUUUUCCUUGAAUUUUAAGAUGUUUUUCCAGAUAAAGUAUACUUCUUGACCCCAAAAUAUACCUCAUCCUGUGAAUGUCACCAGUAUUAACUGGACAGAUAGUCCAUAGGAAAACAAACUCUAGUAGUUCACUUGUUUCAGAACUCAUGAUGGAUAAAGGCAACCAGCUUGAAGACCUACCCAAUUGGUAACAUGCUCAAAAGACUCCUUUCAUAUUACUUAUUAGUGCCUCAAACAGGAUAUCACAAGGAGAAACAUGAAUCUAGAAAAUUUAAAAAUGAUCUCCAUUUGGGCCUGAAGCCAUGUGUGACAUUAGUACUGGGGGCAUCAUGGCUGACUAUCGUGUGGCUGAGACAAGUUGACUAGAAAAUACCAAAUCUUGAAACCCCGAGCAUAGCUAUGGAAAGUACUAUGUCAUUGUUAAAUGCACAGGAAACUAUAGUGAUGGAAUAAGUGUUCAUACAUUCCCAAAAGAUUCAUCCAUAAGAAGACAAGAGUCACUGACUCAUGAAUCUCACAUUGAUGAACCCUUCUUUUCAUUUUUGAGCUUUCAUAGUCAGCCACAUCAAACCAUUCCUGUCAAUUGUUGCCACCCAAAAGCUCACCUACAUCUGCAUUGUUUAGUCUUGUUGUUGUUGUUGUGUUUGAAAAGGGAAAGUGCUUCCACCAUAGGGCGAUUUUGCACUGUAGGGGAGGGGGCAAGGGAGUUUAGGAGAGGGGAAGAGUUUGGAAAAGGGGAGAACCGGUGGUAAGAUGGGAAGGGAAGGGAGAAGGGUUGCUGUUCAUGGUAGCCACAGGUGUUGUCUACUGGUGCCCUUUACCAUUUUAGGUGCUGCGCUUUUGAUGUCCUGGAGGCCUGCCAAGUCCACAGUGGUGGUGUAUUGUCCAGGUUACCAGAUCCUCUUUGUUGCCAUAUAUCUAUAUCCUAGGCUUUUAUUUAAUGUAAGAGUAUGUCGUAGAUGGAGAAAAGUAACACAGGACUUUACUUUGUGGAGACAUGUGGAUCUGCUGCCGUAUAAUCUUGAUUUGUGCAAGAUGUGGAAAUUUUUGAGAUCACAUCUCUCUGAUUGUCUGAAAACUCUUAAAGUGCGAGGAAAUGUGAGUCGAAAGAAUAAUUGGGAUCAAUCGCCACUGUCUGAGGCUCUUCUUAAGGAACUGAAAAAUAGAUGUCCUUCAUUGCUCUACCUACAUUUAGAAUUAAGCAACAUCACUAAAUUACCAAGCGCCAGGAUCCUGCCAUCAUCUCUCACACAUCUUGUGCUGCACAGAAACAUCUGGCCACCACGUUGGUUUCAAGGUAGUGUUGCUAGCUUGACACAUCUGGUCCAUCUAGAUUUGGCAGAAACAACUCGUGUGGACAACCAUGAUGUCAGAGACAUUGUUCAGUUUACAAAUUUGUUGUCUUUGAAACUUGAUGGAUGUUACAGACUCACAGAGGAAGGCUUGUUGUUAAUACCAAAACAUUUGAGAUCUCUUACUUCACUUAGUCUUAUGCACUGUAAUACAACUGACUUGUUGGCUCAUCAUAUUGCAAGAAAUCUGAAAGAACUACGGGAACUCAAUCUGUCUUUUUCCAAAAGUUUGACAGAGUCUUGCCUUCCUAUAGUGAUUGAUGGUCUCUUAAAUCUAGAACAGCUAUUCUUGGAUGGCUGCAGUAACAUGUCAUUAAAAGCUUUCUCUGUUUUAUCUAACAGUGGAACAUUAAAAUCUCUUUCUAUAAAACUUGAAGAAAGCUUUUCAGAAGAAGAAAUUCAGCCUUGGAAAAAGAAGAUGGAACGAUGUUAUAUACAGAUAUAGAAUUUGUAGUCUUCACUUUUAAGAUUGUCUGUUGAUGGACAUGGUAAGGAUAUAUCAAAACCUGAAAAUGCUGCUGACAGUGAUUUUGAUAAUGUACAAAUUUGUCAGUUUUAGCCAUAGAAUACUCACCAUUAUAUCACAUUUGGACAUAAACAUUGUGAACAUUUUUACUGCACACCAUAGUACAUGAAAGCACAAUUAGAACUUUUUCUAAUGUAAAUAUUGUAGAAUCCAUUAAGAAAUUGCAUAUGCUGAUGUGAAUAUUGUUCCUUCAAAGAUGUGAUAAUGCUUAUCAUGCAGCUUGUAACAUGCAAGUUUUAAUCAAGGAGUUGCUCAUUGCUCAUAAAAAAUAUGGAUUAUCAACCAAAAUGACAGGGGAGAAGAAAAACAAUUAAGUCCUAUCAGGAGAAUUUUUUCACACUCUCAUCGAUGCGCCUAUUCUGUGUACCUGCAUGAAAGAUCAACAGAUUAAGGCUGGUUUUUAUUUUUUGGAGGAGGGAUUGCCUGUGUGACUUUUGAAUGUUUCUGUAUGCCUGUUUGGCAAAUAUGAAUAUAUUGUAGUAAUAUGUUGUAUUGUUUUGUUCUUUCAUAUUGAGCUACCCCUAAUUGCACUCUGGGAUAAAUAAAAUGCUAUCUUAAUU